GUCGCACGCAGUUCACACCGAGCUUGGCGUGUGGCCGGUUCGUGCGCGCGACCCAUAGCCUGCUCUUGCAUCCGCGUGCUUCCAAUUUGUACGUGUCUUACGGCGCUCGCGAUCAGCCAGCAGCUCGCCACUGAUUCGCUCGUGACAGUCGGCCGCAGUGACACAGCCAGCAACCGGCCGAUUCUGGACUCAUGCGGCUGCCGUCGGCAUCGGUCGCGCUUCCAUCAAACUUCCAUUGACCGAGCGCCGCGGCUUCGAGCCAACGGUGUGCCUAAUUAUUCGCCAGUCCAACUUUCUAUCUCGUUAGCAAUUCAAUACUCGCUGUCCGUCGACUCGUCCGUCGACUCGUCCAUCGACGCCUCAUCGUUGCCUCGUUUGUCGCCCGUAGGCAGCUCCAUCGCUCGUCUUUUCACUCGAUUCCUGGCAACAGAUGGAUUUGGACGAUAAUUGACAAUGCCCACGCGUCUGCCCGUGCGGGCGAUGGAUGAGCUCACAGUUGCAAGCUGAAAAUAAAAUAGCUCGCGGAGCAGCGCAUCGUUCUAUUAAUCAAGCCAGUCGGACAGCGGCGUAUUUGGGCAAAGGUGAAACUAGAGCAUCGAUUGUUCAGCUAGCAGCGGACCGCGCGGGCCAGUAAUCCUCGCAGCCGACCUUGAAAUCUGUGGGUUCGCACGCACGCGGCAACUGAUCGCAGCAGGAGUUGCCUCGCCUCCGCUAUUGACUCUUGGUUUAGCUCGCGGACAGCCUCGGGGCUCGCUUGCGCUGCUCAAUUUCAUCCGUCGACUCUCUGGAGCCUCCGCGAUUUCGGCGCACAUCGAUAGAGUGCCAGCGAACGAACCGUUGAAUCAUCGAUGUCACAAGUUUUCCGCGCGCACGACCGACCGAAGCAGCGAGUCUUUCCACAGUUCGCAGUGAUCGUUACCGAUGUGCUUCUAAUUGCUAACGCAGUCAGUGCAGCGAGCAGCUGCAUCGCUGUCGUCAAGCUAAAAUAUCAAAAUUCAUCUAUGCUCCACUGACGCCCGUCGUUUUCCCAAUGCUUGGAGUACUGAAACGUCGCUGGAAGCCUACCAGACGGGCUUCCGGUGACCGAGGAGGUGGAACUGACACGACUUUGGGCUCGGAAUUACCACUCGACAAACCUCGUCCUAUGCCUUCGCCUAGACAAAUUCAUCCCCUGUACGGAGAAAAAGCCGGGCUUUUGAACUACUACGACAAUACCGUCGGUAACGUAGACAAUUUUCCUCCCGCGCCGAAUAUCGUCGUGGAGGGUGGACGAAUCGAGUUUAUGCGCCACCCGCACGAUGGCUCUGCCCAGCCAAGAAAGCACUCAACGUCGCGAGCCUCGCAGACCUACGAGCAACACAUGGAAAAGUCGGACCCUCUCAAGGAAAACUUGGAACUGCAAAUGCGAGAAUUGGAACGAGUUUUGCACGGCGAGCGGCUUGCCGCGCAACGCGAUCGUGCCACGAUUAGCAAGCUGCAGCGCCAGGCAAACAAGAGGGAAGCUGCUCAGCGAGAUGCUGUGGAACGCGAAAGGCGGCAGCGUGUGGAGGCCGAAGCUCGGCUACGAGAGGCUGCGGCAGAAGUCGAGAGGACUAGCUCGAGGGUUCGUCAUCUGCAAAGAGAACUGGACAGGAUGGAGGAGAACACGAGGGAGCUGCUCCAACACAAACAGCGAGCCGAGCAGCUGAAGCAGGAGAAGACUGCGCUCACACUGUCCUACGAGGCACGCAUCGAGCAGUUCCAGAGCGAGCUCGCGGCUCUGCGCCUGGAGAAGGAGUCGAUGCGAGCGCAGGUGCGCGGCCUGGAGGCGGCCUGUCUGGGCGAGGUGCAGGCGGCGCUGCUCGGGCGCCUGGCCAGCCUCGAGAACGAGCACGCGGCGCUGGCGCGCGACGCCGACUCGCAGCGCCGACAGUACGAGCGCUGCCUGGACGAGGUGGCCAACCAGGUGGUGCGCGCGCUGCUCUCGCAGAAGGCGCUGCGCGAGGAGAUCGGCACCCUGCAGCGGCGCAUCCGCGAGCUGGAGACGCAGAACCGGCGGCUGUCCGGGCUCGCGCAGGCGGCCGGGGCGCGCCAGCAGCAGGGCGCCGGCGAGCUAGGCGGCGCGGCUCUGCUCGCGGCCCUCGGCCUGGAGCCCGGCUGGCUGGGCGGCGCGCGGCCGCGCUCGCUGGGCCUGCGCGCGCCCGCGAGCGCCGAGCGCCGCGCCGCGCCCGCCAAGGACGAGCCGGAGGGCAGCGAGAGCCCGGAGAGCGGCAACCGCGACGAGGGCUACUCGACGAUGUCGAGCGACGUGCAGGGCGCGCCGAGCGAGGCGCGCGCCGCGCCCGCCGCAGCGCAAGACCCGCGCGGCCUGGAGGACCUGAAGGAGGCGGCCGACGAGAGCGACGGCGACUCGGCCGACAGCGCGGGCACGCCGCGGCUGCGCCCGCUCGGCCUCGGCCUCGGCCUCGACCUGGACCUCGACCUGGAGCUGGAGCUCGCGCUGGCGCUGGGCCCGGCGGGCCGCGCCGCGCGCCACAGCUUCCCGCCGGGCGGGCCGCGCGCGCCGCUCGCCUGGCCGCUCGCGCGCAGCCUCAGCGACAGCCAGCUCUGCCUGCGGCUCGCGCUCUCCAUGUCGAUGGCGCGCUGCGGCAGCUCGCUGCUGCUCAGCGUCGACGAGGAGGCCUGGGACGCCGAGUACCUGCAGCAGUGGCUGCGGCUCGACGACUCGCGGCAGCGCCCGGCGGCGCGCGAGCCGCCGCUCGAGCUGGGCUGCGCGCGCGCCGACCUCGAGGACUGGAGCCUGGAGCUGUCGGGCUCGAGCUCGGGCUCCGAGGACGCCGAGCGGCGCGUGCCCCGCGAGUCGCGCGCGCGCCGCCGCACGCCCGUCUCGCCGGGCGUCGGCACCGACUUCACGCGCGACUUCUACCGGCUGGUCAAGUUCGAGAGCAGCCGCAGCCUGGCCAGCAGCUCGAGCGAGCGCGAGGCCGCGGGCGAGCCGCCCGAGGAGGCGCCCUCGCCGCCCGCCGCGCCCGAGGAGCUGGGCGCCGUGCCCGAGGAGGACGAGGAGGCCGCCACCUCGUCCACGCCCAGCACGGUGGUGAGCGCGCCCGCGCGCGCCGGCUCGCCGCGCGAGAGCCUGCUGGUGGAGGGCCGGGAGCGCGGCCUGGGCUUCCACGAGCGCGCCACCUCCAAGGACGUCAUCGACGAGCUGAACCGCAUGAUCAGGAGUGGCGAGGAGGCCGGCGCCCGGCACGACGCGCUCGCGCCCCUGGACAAGCUCGACCUGGCCUGCUGCUGCCCCACCGGCUGGGUGCACAUCGAGCGGGACAUCGACUUCACCGACCCCAAGGCGCGGGCCAACCUGCUGGACGUGAUGCUGGCGAGCAGCGAGAGCUCGUCGGCGACCUCGAGCAGCGGCUCGGCGGCCAGCGAUUCGGGCGACGAGCCGGCCGACUACCGCCACCUGCACCGGCUCCACCGCUACCGCCGCCAGAGGAAAGCUUCGGCGCUGCACGCCCACCGAGUGCUGCGGCUGCCGUCCAACUGGGGCUCGGCGAGGCCCUCGAUCAUCGGCCGAGGCGGCGAAUUUUUCGUGCGUUACGGCGACAAAGAGCGCGAGGCCGUCGCUUAUUUCGACUUCCUCAAUGACAUUCCCCUGACGGCCGCGCAUCCGCCGCAGCAGCUCGGCGCUGGCAAUGCGCUCGACCUCCUCGACCCGGCCAACGGCCCCGGCAGCGCUGCGGAUCGCACGAGGAUAUCACCACUGUAAAUAGCCCUCGCACGACUGCUGCGUGGCCUCUUCCCGACGCCUCUGCGCGAAAGCACAUCAGCGAAACACUACAAUCAGCCAUCGCCUCGAAUAUCCAGCCGUCAAUUGUUCGAUGCCACGCCGAUCGCGCGAUCAUCACCUUACUCCAAAAUCUUAUCGUUUCGUCCGCUCGGAACUUUGCAUCGCUUUUCACCAGCAGCGCUCUUCCAUUUGCAUCAGAAGCAGUUCGUUGUUAUCGUGUUAGUCUUGCAAACGACAGCACCAAAUCAAAAUCAAAUUCUCUCUGUCUAGCAAAAUAUCAAUAGAUAUGUAACAACGAAUUACUUUUAAAUCUCGAGAUACCAAAAUACGAUCCACUCGUUUCAUUGGAUUUCUUGAUUAAACGAUUAAACGAGUUACUCACUUUGCAUUUCAAUGGAAAUACGGCCAGACUUCCUUAUUUCAUCAUUUUUCAUUUCAUAUACACACAAAUAUAUAUUUAUUUGAAUGCUAGAUUUCACCUCAUUUUUAUAUAGAAUGCCGUAGUCUCCAUAAAUUAUUCAUGCUAUUAACAGUUAUUUUAUAAUCGAAACAUUUUGACGGUCUUUGGAUUUCUACUCAAAGAGAUGCCUUACACUUACCUAAUGUUAGACUCCUUUCCAUCAUUUCUUACUUUUUUUUUUUCAAGUUCCGGCAUAAUAAUUAAUUUCUCAGAAAUAAGGUUAAACUGUGCGCCGAUGUUUGUACAAUCUACAACAACCAAAUGAAAACUAAAAUUCAACUCUUAUCGUCAAAAUUUACAUCCAAAAUAUACUACUCAAAUAUUAUGAAUUAAUAAUAAUCUAUAGUACCUAAUUGUACGUGUAUGAAAUGAGCAUUGAAAAAUUGAUUUUAAAAAAUCCUAGAAUCAGCAACCAAAAAGUAGUUGACGUGAAAUUGUUUUAUAAUUAGACAUAUUACCUUCGAGUAAUUCUACGUUGCCUUGGGAUAACUACUUAAAUUCGAUGGACUACGAAAAGGUUACGUUACUUAUGAAUAAUCUACUCUUAGAUGUACAGCUCAACGACAAUUGGAUUGCAUCCGUUUCAUACGUAUAAACAUUUAACCUAAUUUAAUUUAAUUUUAAUCUUAAUUUUAAUGUAAUAUUUCUUACAGAUGUAUAAAUGCACCUUUGAAUCAGAAACAAUGGAUUUAAUUGUUUAAUUGUAUUUUUACUGCGUCUAUUUCUUAGUACAGUCAAUCAUAAAAGGUGAAUUUAAUUGCUUCGAAUCUUUAUGCGAAUGAAACAAAGUCUAUCCAAAAUUGUAAUACUUAUUUCACACUAUUUACAAAUAGAAAAUGUACUAUAUUUGAAGCUGCAUCAAAAGAAUUAAUGUAAAGGCUGUGGAUUUCUUAAUCUUUUUUAAGAACAUAUACUUUGACUCAGCGAUUUUUAGAUGAUAAAAAAAAUAUUCGAAUCUACAUAUAUAAUUUACUCAAAGCAGUAGGUAAGAAGAGGAAUCAAGUAAUUUUUAAUAAUUUUAAAAGUAAUCUUAUUGUUAAUGGAAGUGACUGAAGUAGAAAAAUAAUUUCGAAAAAAGUUACUUUAAAAAUACGCCGUUAUAUUAAAAACCUACGAAAGAGAUUGUAAAUAACAUGUAUUAUAAAACCGAUAGAAUUAAGUGAUA